UUUAAAAUUGUUGGAAGAAGAUGAAGUGAGAUGCAGAGAAGUAGUUUGGUUUUUGUUUAAAGGAGGUUGAUUUUAUGGAGAGCAUGAGGAGUGCAAGAAUUAAGCUGUUCGGGUUCGACGUGUCGACUGCUGAGAACUGCGCCGUCGACGGCUGUGGCCAGGAGAUGGCUGCUGCGGCGGCGGCGGCGGCGGCGGAGAGUAGCAGUAGCCCCGCCUCGCCGGCCGUAGAUGGGGGGAUUAGGAUGUACGAGUGCCGGUACUGCUUCCGCGAGUUCACCAACUCGCAGGCGCUCGGCGGCCACCAGAACGCGCACAAGAAGGAGCGGCAGCGGCUGAAGCGCGCGCAGCUCCGGAAGGACGGGAGGUUUUACCGCCGUCCCUUCUUCUCGGCCUUCUCACCGCACCUCCUUUCGACGCCUCCGCCACCGGGAAGCUGGACCUACGCGAGGACAUCGCCGGCGGCUCACCUGGCGCAGUACUUUUCGCCUGCUGAUUACGCGCGCGCCGCAGUAGUAAUUGGCGACGGCGGAAGUUUCUACAGUGGUGGUGGGUCGGUGGAUGGCUCGGCCGCCUCCUUUUCUGGAGUGUCGCCGGAGGCGGCGGCGGAGGACGCGUCCGGGUUGAGCCUGUGCCUGAGCCUGGCGCCGGCGAGUUCGUAA